AUGUCCACAAUUUGCAAAACUUCAUAUAACAAUAGGCAAAAUCAUGUAAAUGAAAUUUCAGCUAGGGCAUCCAGCCAAAAAAUUGUCAUAGAAAAAAAGGAUACUUACCCUCAGAAUUCAAUUCCCAAUAUAUCUAACAAUCUUUUAUUACAACAAAAUCAAAUUUUUUUUUCAGUAACAAUGCUUACUUUAGCUCAAUUAUUUGAUAAAGCAACUAUUGCUAAACAUAGUGCUAUUUGUGCAAACCAAGAAGAAAUUUUAUGCUGGUAUGGUUCUAUUGAUAAUUCCUCAAACAAAGCUAAAUCUCAAGUUUUCAAUUCUGAACCAUCCCAAGAAAAUAAUCAAUAUUCAAAACAAUUACCAAAAACUUUUCCAGAAGCAAGCAUCCCAACCAUUCCCUCUACUCUAUUAUCUUAUACCUCUAAUUCAGAAGAUAUGAUAAGCGAGGACAAAUCUUUACCGGAGACUAAG